GUCUAUCCCGGAUUAAUUAGGAUGGCUGACUUAGAACUGGAGUCUGAAGGGACAGGUAACAGCAGAACGAGGUCAGUGAGGCGUAAUAUCUCUGUGAAACUGAAGCCGACAUCGUCACGAUCAACCAAGAGCAGCAAGAAGUCUAGAAGCUCAAAGAAGUCUGCAACUGAGAAAGGAAAUGCUGACAAAGCUUCGGCAGACAAAAUAGUGUUUCCACGGGAAGGGAAAGAAGAUUUAAAGUGGGAUUAUGAGUUGAAUCUUAUUGGUGAGAAGGUUGAUGAUGCCAACAUCCACCACUGUGAAAAGUGCAUGCUGCCAAUCAUUGCUUAUGGCCGACUGAAGAAGUGCAAACACUCAUUUUGUCUGGACUGUGCUAGAAGAGCAGAAGGCAAAUGUCCAAGGUGCGGAGAUGAAAACCAAGAGAUUGAGUGUGGAGAGAUGGGAAGUGUGUACAUUUGCUCAUAUGGCAGCAGUCGACAUGGAUUUUCUGGUUGCCGAAGGAGUUACCUUUCUCAAAGAGAUUUGCAAGCUCAUAUAAAAUAUCGACAUGAAGGUGGCCAAGAGGAUUUAGCUGCCCGCCGAGCAAAGGAGGGAAAGGUAAGAGGUCAACAACAGGCUAAGUUUGGUGGUUUUCGUGAGGUGCCACAGCAAGGAAUGAUGGGUGGCAGGUUUCCGGGAGGAAUGAUGAGUCAUCCAGCAGAUGUAAUGCAGAGACCUUCGUUUCCUCCUGGUGCCCCUGCCCCGAUGGGUGGACCUGUUCCAUUCGACCACCGACCACGAAUGCCUCCACAAGGUCACUUUCCACCUUUUCCACAUCAAGGGCAAAUGCCACCUCUUGGGCAGGUACCACCACAAGGUCACCCACCAUGGCCUCAAGGCCCAAGAGCACCAUACUAUUAGGAUAGCUAGGUUUAAGCACUGUUGUUUAGAGUCGAUUGAUUCGUGUUGUCUUUUCACUCAUAGUUGAGACAGUUUCAUGAUCUUAACAUACAUCUAGUUCUAAUCAGCUUAUUGUAGCAUUUUGGGGAGGAAAGUGUGUGGAUAGUUUUAUGUAGUCAA